AUGAACUGGAGGUUUGUUGAGCUCCUCUACUUCCUGUUUGUAUGGGGCCGUAUCUCAGUGCAGCCCUCCCACCAGGAGCCAGCUGGGACAGACCAACAUGUCUCCAAGGAAUUUGAUUGGCUUAUUUCAGACAGGGGGCCUUUCCACCACUCCAGGAGCUACCUAUCCUUUGUGGAAAGACACCGUCAGGGAUUUACAACCAGAUAUAAAAUAUACAGGGAGUUUGCCCGUUGGAAGGUGAGGAACACAGCCAUAGAGAGGAGAGACCUGGUCCGCCAUCCAGUGCCCCUCAUGCCGGAGUUUCAAAGGAGCAUCCGUCUGCUUGGCAGGAGACCCACCACUCAGCAGUUCAUUGAUACCAUCAUCAAAAAAUACGGUACCCACCUGCUCAUCUCUGCUACAUUGGGAGGAGAGGAGGCUUUGACCAUGUACAUGGACAAAAGUCGCCUUGACCGGAAGUCAGGGAAUGCUACUCAAAGUGUUGAAGCUUUGCACCAGCUUGCAUCAUCCUACUUUGUCGACCGUGAUGGCACCAUGAGAAGGCUCCAUGAGAUCCAGAUAUCAACUGGAGCAAUCAAGGUCACAGAGACACGCACUGGGCCUCUGGGCUGUAACAGCUAUGACAAUCUGGACUCUGUGAGUUCCGUCCUUCUGCAAAGCACGGAAAGCAAACUGCACCUUCAAGGUCUUCAGAUAAUCUUCCCACAGUAUCUGCAAGAGAAGUUUGUUCAGUCGGCUUUGAGCUACAUCAUGUGCAAUGGUGAGGGAGAGUACGUCUGUCAGAACAGCCAAUGUCGCUGCCAGUGUGCUGAGGAGUUCCCACAGUGCAACUGUCCCAUUACCGACAUCCAGAUCAUGGAGUUCACGCUGGCUAACAUGGCCAAGGCCUGGACUGAAGCUUACAAGGACCUGGAGAAUUCAGAUGAGUUUAAGUCAUUUAUGAAGCGUCUCCCAAGCAACCACUUCCUGACCAUUGGUAGCAUCCACCAGCACUGGGGUAAUGACUGGGAUCUGCAGAGCCGUUACAAGCUCCUGCAGAGCGCCACUGAGGCUCAGAGGCAGAAGAUCCAGCGCACUGCCCGCAAGCUCUUUGGUCUCAGCGUGCGCUGCCGCCACAAUCCCAACCACCAGCUGCCUAGAGAGAGGACAAUUCAGCAGUGGCUUGCAAGGGUCCAGUCACUUCUCUACUGCAAUGAGAAUGGGUUCUGGGGAACCUUCCUCGAGAGCCAGAGGAGCUGUGUGUGCCAUGGUAGUACCACACUGUGCCAGCGUCCCAUCCCAUGCAUCAUAGGUGGGAACAACAGCUGUGCCAUGUGCAGCCUGGCAAACAUCUCACUCUGUGGCUCUUGCAAUAAGGGCUACAAGCUGUACAGAGGCCGCUGCGAACCACAGAAUGUGGACUCUGAACGGAGCGAGCAGUUCAUCAGCUUUGAGACCGACCUGGACUUCCAGGACUUGGAACUGAAGUACCUGUUGCAGAAGAUGGACUCGCGUCUCUAUGUUCACACUACCUUCAUCAGCAACGAGAUUCGCCUUGAUACGUUCUUCGACCCUCGGUGGCGCAAGCGCAUGUCCCUCACUCUCAAGAGCAACAAGAACCGCAUGGACUUCAUCCACAUGGUGAUUGGCAUGUCCAUGCGUAUCUGCCAGAUGCGCAACAGCAGCCUGGACCCCAUGUUCUUUGUCUAUGUCAAUCCUUUCAGUGGAAGCCAUUCAGAGGGCUGGAAUAUGCCCUUUGGGGAAUUUGGCUACCCACGUUGGGAGAAGAUCCGUCUGCAAAACAGCCAGUGCUACAACUGGACUCUCUUGCUGGGCAAUCGGUGGAAAACUUUUUUUGAGACUGUCCAUAUUUACCUGCGUAGUCGGACUCGGCUACCUACCCUACGUAAUGAGACCGGCCAGGGCCCCGUGGACCUGUCGGAUCCCUCCAAGAGGCAAUUCUACAUUAAGAUAUCCGAUGUGCAGGUGUUCGGGUACAGCCUGAGGUUCAAUGCUGACCUCCUUCGAAGUGCCGUGCAGCAAGUGAAUCAGUCCUACACACAGGGUGGUCAGUUCUACUCCUCUUCAUCCGUGAUGCUCCUCAUGUUGGACAUUCGGGACCGAAUUAAUCGUCUGGCCCCUCCUGUGGCCCCAGGAAAACCCCAGCUGGACUUGUUUUCCUGUAUGCUGAAGCACCGCCUGAAGCUGACUAACAGUGAGAUUAUCAGGGUGAACCAUGCCUUGGACCUCUACAACACUGAGAUCCUCAAACAGUCUGACCAGAUGACAGCCAAACUCUGCUAACCCGGGACCCUUUGCCAUGAACUUUCCUUUCUGUUGUACACAUACAACAGAAUAAAAUAAAUCAAAACAAAAGAAAACACACACAAACACACACAAAUU